AUGUGGCCACCGGCGUCUACUACCACCAUCGCUGGGGUGCUGGAAUUCUUCUCGGUGCCGGGACCCUUGUGGCAAGCCUUUUGUGGUGCUGCGGGGGAUCCUGGCGACGAUCUUCGCCUGAUGGCAUCUUUGCCAGCACCUAUGGUGGCAGAAGCGGUGACGGCCUGCACGCUGCAGACUGGAGAUGGGGGCAGGCGGAUCUCCGCCGUCGAGGCGAUCCAACUGGGGCUGGUAUACCGGGCCUGCCAUCAGCUCAUCCACCUGGCUGGUGGUGGGAACCUGGGAACCUGGGAAGACCCCAACCCGUGGGCAGAAUCACCGACGAGCUCUAUGGCAAGGGAACCUACAACCUUGGGGACCUCUACGGCACCAACUACGGAAAGGAAAAUGAAGUUGAGUCAGGUCGCAGACCAAGGGGACGAAAGCGAGUUCACCAUCAUGCCGGAGUCGAACAAGGCCCUCUUCUACACCAAGUACAUUUCGAAAAUGGGAGGGCUUCCGGCAGACUCGGAGGAUCCAACAACGGAACAACUGUCAGCCAUCAUCAGAAAGGUGAGAGUGCUGCACCAGCCUCCCUACUGCGACUUUGCGGUGUUCGUACCUUUCGCAAGGCGCCACCUUCGAGCACAGAAAUAUCAAAGUUUUGUACUACAAGAGGAUGGCUCCUUCUUGCAGAAGAUGGUGGCGGGGCCUUCAUGCUUCACACACUGGCAGGCUUGUUUCAGAGUGAUGCGCACGGCGUUGAUCAUGACGGACAUCAUCAGCCUGGCGAACCUGAUGGAGUGGGAGGCAUUGGUGGAAAGGAUGAACCGCCAGUACCCAGGAUGCUGGGGGUUGAUCGCCGCAGCCGAAGACCGAGGCAGGGGCGAGUUCAUGGCAAAGACACUGGCCAAGGUGCGCCUAGAGAUGGAUCAAGGUGGCAGGCCUCCGCUUGGAUGGAGACCAGAAGAACCCUGGGACAUCAUUUGGGGCCGAGUCUUGAGGGACAAGGAAUUUUGGUCGGAAGAAGUUCACGUACCAGCCAUCUCUUGGACAGCCCGCGGUGGAAAAGGGAAGCCCCUCACGCCGAUGGAGGAGUUGGCCGACGCGACCAUGCAGGGUGGCAGACAAGCGUUGCAAGCAGAGACAACGGAGGGGGACAACGACACGGGAGGAAGAAGGAAGAACAGAGCGGUGAAGGGCACGGAACUCACGAAGGAGAUCAGGUGCACUACAAAAAGGAAGAGGUUCACCGGAGAUGACCCAGACGGGGAAGAUGAACCGCCAAAGGACAAGGUGCAUGUGAAGGGGACCUACAUGGACUUCGACGAGCUAGUGGUGAUGCAAAACAGGAUCAAUUUCCUAAAGGGUGCGGCAGCCGACACGUUCAAGGAGGCGAUGGACGUCGACGAGGUCACCAACACGAUCACCAAGUCCGACGACUACAAGAGGGGCCUGGCUUGGAAAGAGAAGACAGAGUCCGAGAGGGACAAAAAGAAACUGAAGGGUGAGCAAGCAGCGGAAGGAGGAAACCGUGAGGGUGGAACCCCCGCAAGCAGUUCACAAGCGUCGAGCAGCCAGGAUCUAACUUGGAAAGGCGGCCAUGGCAAGCACGGCAUGCUCAAGGAACCAAAGGCCAAGGCGGAAGUGCCCAAGGCACUGGUAUACCUGGGAGGCAUGCGUGACCCACACAGAGCAGUUGUGAAGCUGCCAACCCUGCAAAAUUUGGGGACAAAGAUGUGGGAAAGAUGGCAACGUUUUAGAACAGCUCACCCCAAGGCAUUGGAGGUCGCGGAGAGCUACGGCACGGAAGUCUGCGAGUUCAACGAAGAAGUUGUGGACUUGUGGAGAGCAGAACUGUGCGACCUUUGGGGAGCCGAUCUACCAGGAGUGGUUCUGAGACCCCGGGGCGCCUAUGGCACGCCAGUACAUCAUGGCAUGCUGGCGGCAUGGGUGAGGAGUGUGGAGGACGACGUUGCGGAGGCAGAGAUCGAGCUGAACCGCUACGAGAACCUGGGCUACCUGCGGCGGAUCGAUGCCAAGACUGCGGAGGAAGUCUACAGAAAGGGUUCGCGGGCCAACAACGCCACGUGGAUAGGGGUAACCUUGAACGUGGUCGACAGGGACACCCUGGUGCUGGGACUGCCUAUGAAAUUCAUCGAGGACCUCCAGGGCAUGCUACGCAAGUGGGAGGGCUCAGGUUACUCACCCAUCAAAGAGCUGAGGGUAGUAGCCGGGAAGACGGCAUGGCUGGGAGGAGUCCUGCCUCGCGCAAGAUGGGUCACCAGCGUUUUCUAUGCAGUGCUGACCCAGACGCUGAAGGAGGAGGAGGAAGACACCCCUGAGAAGGCAAAUCGUCGCAACAGACGUGGACUGUUUGCCGUGAAACGGCUGGAGCUAGCGAGGCUGUGGUUGAUCAACUUUCUGGCAGCAGCGAAGCUACGGCCGAUGAGAAGGAUAUCCCUGAAGACGGGGCAAACAGCAGAGGUGCGCAUCAUCACAGACGCAUCGCCCGAAGCCUUAGGGGGCAUACUCAACAUCAAUGGCAAGAUCGUGGCCGCGUUCUUCAGCACGGUGGACGAGGAGCAGGCAGGAGAGCUGCUCGUGGAGUACAAGUCCUCCGCCUCCCAGUCAGUGCUGGAGACAUUGGCCAUCUUGGUCAGCCUAAGGCGAUGGAGCGAGAAGUUGAAGGGCCUGGCCAUCACCAUCACGGUCCAGCCAGUCGAGACUCCGAGGGGCAACAGAGCAGAAGCCGGCAAGCGUUGGGUGCACGGAGAAUACCAGGUCAAUCUUCGCUAUCGUCCCUCAUCCUCGCGGGAGAUCCCAGGGAGCAGCCAAAUUUUGGAGGUAUGGAUAAGCCCCUACAAGGAGCACAUUUUCCACUACAAGGGUGGGUUCCUGGAUUUUCUCAACGGCAUGAUCGAUCUCCUGCUGGACUUCCUGGAGGGCAUGAUCAAGGACUUUUUCAUGGUUACGAUCCAGACGAAAGGGGUUGGAGAAGCCUGGAACAAGUUCAAGGGCUGGGUCAGCCCAUCGAAGAGGAGGAAGACGAACCCAUCGGAACCACCCGAGCUGGAAUUACCAGCACCUACGAAAUCAACCAGGCCAGAACUCCCGACACUCAAGAAAGGAAACGGGAAGAACUCUCACAAAGACAAGCUGGCCAAAGCACUGGUGUCGGCAAGAAUGCUGAAGAAUAGACAGCUGAAGGCGCCCUCCAUCGAGAAAGACUUCUGCGCAGCUUCCUCCAAAGGGGCGAAGGACGCAAAGAAGAGAACCAUCGACAAGUUGCUGACAGCCUUAACAGAGCCUGGACCCAGUCUGCCGCUGACCGUGGACACCCUCAAGGGCUUGGCGUCUGCGUUGAUGGAUGGCGGGUACAAGGCGGGUGAAGGGUAUGUGGUAGAAGCCAAACUAUGGCACGUAGAAGAAGGUCACCCAUGGACAGAUCAGCUGGACAGAGUAUUUAAACAGUGCAAGAGGGCACUUUGCAGGGGUCAGGGCCCGAGAAAGAAAGCGGCAGAAGUAGGAUGGGACCGCAGGCACAACCCAUUCAGACUCAACUUCAACAAGUCCGAGAAGGCCGUGAAGUUCGGGGCACAGCUCUUCCUGUUCAGCGUGAUCUGGAUGCUGCGAGAGAUCGAGCUGGCACUGCUCUCCACAGAAGACCUGGUCAUGGACCACCUGUCCAAGAGGGUCACUAUGAAUCUGAGGCUGAGUAAGAUGGAUGCGGAAGGAAAGGGAGUUCGUCGGACACUUCAAUGCCUGUGCAAGUCCAACUCGUGCUCAAAAGAGUGCCCCUACCUGGUUUCAAAGAACCUCGUGGAGAUGGUGGAGAAGUUCAACGGCACCAACUCCCCGCUGGCACUCACAAAAAGGAGAGUUUUGGCAACGAAGGCUCAAUUGGUGAAAACUUGGCGAGACUUGUUUGGCAAAGAAGUGUCUGGCCACUCGGGCAGACGCACGGGAGCUUUAAACUACAUUAGGUCGGGCUGGUCCAUCACACAAGUGGCUCAUUUGGGAAGGUGGAAAUCAGGCGCUAUUCUUGCUUACGCAGAAGAAGCGUUGGAACAGCUCCCGGCCAACCUCAACAUCAUGGGGCCUACACUCGACCACAAAGGUUCGCAGGUCUUGAUAGACCGCCCCAUUUCAGAAGAAGAACUAGCGGAAUGGAAAGCACAGCUGCGCAAAGAAAUGGACGCGCUGAAGGAGGACGUGGAGCGCAAGGACGUGGAGACGGAAGAGAACAUCAACUACUGGGUCAAUUUCUACAAAGAGAACCCAGGCACACUCCCGCAGAAGGUACAGAGUUUACCUGGGAAAACGGUGCACAUGAAUUUGGCCAGGUCGGCAGCAUCCCCACCAAUCUCCUGGAGGACGGCAUGUGGUUGGUCCUUCUACGGCAGCAAGUUCGUCUUCGCA